AUGACUGGCUGCGGGCAUCUCUGUGCAAGCUCUAAACGCAUGAGACGCCACUGGAGUGAUGCCCACAGUGUUAGUGGGCCGAAUGAUUUUGCCUCUCACGCCCGCUCUGUGAAGCUUCAAACGUUCUUUCGCGGUACGAAACUCAAGUACUUCGAGGUUUGUGUGGCAACUACAACCGCAGAGUCACCGGAUUUUGAUGAAGGUGCUAGACAUGACAGUAAGGACUCUGGUGUGACCGAAAUGUCGUCAUUAGCACAGCCAACGUCCCUUCCCGACUCUUCUCCUGUGGUGGACUUAGAGACAUUGGCCUACUUCCAUCAUUUCAUGAUUACAACGUGUUUCACACUCCCUAAAAUCGAAGAUUCUCUACCAGCGUCACAAUACUGGGGGAAGUACGUCGUUUCAUUGGCUAUGCGACAACGGUGGCUGAUGUGCGGAUUGCUGGCCAUUUCUGUGUACCAUUCAGUCACGCUUGAAGAUGGGAGAACAGCACAGCAAAAGCACUGUGAGCGGGCGACAAAGCUCCGUUCCGAAUUCUUUAUUGGGUUCAACGAGACAAUGAACAAUAAUUUCAACACUUUGUCCACCGAGGAUUUGCAGAAAACGAAGAAGAUAGCAGUUAAGAUACGAAGGAUCAUUAGCUGUGCGCGAUGGACCUUGACUGGCUCCACUACGAAUCAAGAGACUGUCCUUGGUCCUACCACAUCCCUAUCUCGGCUACAAUCUUUACUAUGCGACGUUCGAGAUUUUUCUGAACUGGGAAGCUCUUCAGCCAUCCAGCAGAAUAAGGCCGAUGACCGUCAAACAAACUUGGAUAUUAAUAGCGCACGAGGCACGGCCACAGCACCGACUGUGCUACUCAACCGUCUCCAGAUACUGCCUUAUCACAUGACUGAGAUAUUCGGGAAACCAGAUCAUGAGCAAGACGCCCCGGCUAUUCUACUCAGCAUUGCAGCAUUGCUCGAAUGCUGUAGUAGCGUCUUCGAGUCCAAUGAUUCAUCAGCGGAUGAUUUACCUUGGGCAUGGCAAGGUAUAAGCGCAUGGUUGAACAAAACCACAGACCACUUCGAUUAUAUGGUUUCACUUCUAAAUCCAGCUGCGCUUAUUGUACUGGCCCACUGGGCGGCCAUUCUGGUUAAAUGGACUGAAGAUUAUGAGUGUUGGUUCAUACAUGGUUUUUCAAGGGCAAUUCUUCUGUUUAUUCACGAACAUCUUUCUACUGAUGAUGCAGUUCGAGGAUUGGUUGAAGGCCUGCUGGGGUGA